AUGAAAGUUAUAUGUUGGAAUAGCGUCACAGACUCGUCGUUUCUUUCUGCUUCUCUCUCUUCCCACUACAUUCAUUCAUAUCCCAUUCUCUCCCCCCAACCCCCCCACACCCCCCCCCCCCCGUCGAAACUUUCUUGUCAUAACUCUCUCUCUCUCUCUCUAACUUCGAUGGAGAUUGAAGCAAGUCGGCACGGAGCCGGCAACGGGAACGACAGCCACAGUCGCGACGACAGAGAUGGUGCCGGUGUUGGCGAUAGCAGUGCUAACGGAGGGUCCGUGAUCGGGCUCAGCCCGCUAAGCCAAACGCUGUGGAGGGACAGGAGCCGCGACGUGGAGGGAGGCGGCGGCGACGUGUUGGCCCGGCUCGCGUGGCGGGACCUGACCGUGACGGUGACGCACCAGAACGGGGAGGCCCAGAACGUGCUCGACGGGCUCACGGGGCACGCCGACCCGGGGACCCUCACGGCGCUCAUGGGGCCUUCCGGGUCCGGCAAGUCGACGCUGCUCGACGCCCUCGCGAGCCGGCUCGCCGCCAACGCCUUCCUCUCCGGCACCAUCUGGCUCAAUGGCCGCAAGGCCAAGCCCUCUUUCGGAAGUGCUGCGUACGUGACGCAAGACGACACGCUGAUCGGGACGCUGACGGUGAGGGAGACGAUAAUGUACUCGGCGAGGCUGCGCCUGCCGGACAAAAUGCCGUGGGAGGAUAAGCGGGCGCUGGUCGAGGGCACCAUCGUCGAGAUGGGCCUCCAGGAGUGCGCCGACACGGUGAUCGGGAACUGGCACCUGCGCGGGAUCAGUGGCGGCGAGAAGCGGCGCGUCGGCAUCGCCCUCGAGAUCCUCAUGCGCCCCCGGUUGCUCUUCCUCGACGAACCCACCAGCGGCCUCGACAGUGCUUCAGCUUUCUUCGUGACCCAGACGCUCCGCAGCCUAUCAAGAGACGGCAGGACUGUGAUUGCCUCCGUGCACCAGCCGAGCAGUGAGGUCUUCGAGCUGUUCGAUAGGCUGUGCCUGCUUUCCGGCGGCAAGAACGUUUACUUCGGUGAUGCCUCAGAAGCGUACGAGUUCUUCGCUCAAGCUGGAUUCCCAUGCCCUAGUCUGAGGAGUCCAUCUGAUCAUUUCCUCAGAUGCAUCAACUCUGACUUUGAUAAAGUCAAAGCCACUCUCAAGGGGUCUAUGAAACAUCAGAUUUUGGCAAGCGAUGAUCCUUUGGAUAGGACUGCAACAGCUGAAGCUACCCGAGUUCUCAUCGAUUUUUAUCGGUCUUCCCAAUACUACUAUUCGACUAGACAAAGAGUCGAGGACAUGUCCAGAGCUAAAGGAACGGUACUCGAUUCAGGAGGGAGUCAAGCUAGUUUCUUCAUGCAAGCUUUCUCCUUGACCAAGCGUUCCUUCACUAACAUGUCGAGGGACUUUGGGUAUUACUGGCUGAGGCUCGCGAUCUACGUUCUGGUCACCAUCUGCAUUGGCACGAUCUAUCUGAAUGUAGGGACCGGCUAUGGUUCGAUCUUGGCAAGAGGUGCCUGCGCGUCUUUUGUCUUCGGCUUUGUCACGUUCAUGUCAAUUGGAGGAUUUCCAUGCUUUACAGAAGACAUGAAGGUUUUCCAAAGGGAGAGGAUGAACGGCCACUACAGUGUCGCCGCAUUCGUCUUCAGCAACACGUUCUCUGCAAUGCCGUUCCUCAUAUUGAUCACGUUCCUCUCGGGGACCAUUUGUUACUUCAUGGUUCGCCUGCACCCUGGAUUCGAGCACUACCUGUUCUUCCUGCUCUCCCUUUACGCGAGCGUCACUGUUGUUGAGAGCUUGAUGAUGGUGGUCGCCAGCGUGGUCCCCAACUUCCUCAUGGGCGUCGUCAUAGGGGCUGGAAUUCAGGGCAUCUUCAUGCUAGUUUCCGGCUACUUCAGGCUCCCAAAGGACAUUCCAAAGCCCGUGUGGCGGUAUCCGAUGUCCUAUAUCAGUUUCCACUUCUGGGCUCUUCAGGGGCAAUACCAGAACGACCUGAAGGGCUUGCUGUUCGACAACCAGUCACCAGGCCUCCCGAAGAUCCCUGGAGAGUAUCUUCUGGUGAACGUGCUUCAGAUCGACGUGAGCCGAUCGAAAUGGGUAGACCUCACGGUGCUCUUCAGCAUGAUCGUGAUAUACCGCGUCAUCUUCUUCAUCAUAAUCAAGAUCAAUGAGGAUGUGACUCCUUGGGUCUGGGGUUACAUUGCCAGGAGGAGGAUGCAGCUGAAGAAUGGGACUCAGAACACCACAGUCACUGCUAAUGUCCUGACCCAGUCGCCUUCUCUGAGGGCCUAUGUGAGGAACCAUGAAAACAGAACUGGUAGGAAUCAGCAGGACUGUAACGAAAGAAAGUUUGAAGGUGGAGUGUAGGAAGAUUGUUGCUAGAUAGGAUUUGGUGUGGUCUUGUAAUCAAUCUUUAGCUUGGCGC